GAAGAGAAACAAAGGGGCGUGGUAUCGCCAGGAGAUGGGCGUGUCCUCCGCCGAUGCUCCGCCUCCAGCUCCUCCAGGAGCCCUUAUAGUUCCACACAGCGCCACCGCCCCCUUUUUCCUUCCCCACGGCCCGGCCAUGACCCUGCAGAAACUCCGGCGGCUCCGGCCCGGACAGCAGGAUCAAGAAGCAGCGGCGAGCGUAGUACGUCCGGGCGUUCUCGGGAGCCGAGCAUCGGAGCUGGAGCGGGCGCUGGCGGCUUCAGGGGGCACCUUGCCCCGCGCCAGGAGGGGCUCCGGAUUCAAAUGGCGAUCUCUCAGCCAGUCACCCGAGCAGCACAGGAAGGUGAUCACCGUGGAGAAGGAGGAGAGUCAGGCCUUUGGCUUUGAGAUUCAGACCUAUGGGCUACACCACCAGGACACAAAACGUGUGGAGAUGUUCACCUUUGUAUGUCGUGUGCAUGAUGAUAGCCCAGCCCAGGUAGCAGGCCUGAAACCAGGAGACACAAUCACAGGCGUGAACGGACUUAAUGUAGAGGGGAUCCGCCACCGUGAGAUUGUUGAGAUCAUCAAAGGGUCUGGAAAUGUGCUCAGGCUAGAGACCUUGUAUGGCACGUCAAUCCGAAGGGCGGAGCUAGAGGCCCGUUUGCAAUACCUCAAGCAAACGCUCUAUGAGAAAUGGGGGGAGUAUCGGUCACUGAUGGUGCAGGAACAGCGCCUGGUCCGUGGGAUUGUGGUUAAAGACCCCAGUAUCUAUGACACCCUGGAGUCUGUGCGUUCCUCCCUGUAUGGCACUCGGUUGGCAAGAGGCUCUACGCCCUACGGGAUGCUGUUGCCAGGAGCAAGUAGCACCUACAGUAGUGUGAGCUGCGUCAGCACUGCCACGGAUGAGAGCGAGGAUUCUGUUUACCAAACCUGCUUUUUUGACUCUGCCAAUUCCUUGGACGUUGUCCCCACAGCCUCCCAGUCCUCAUGCCCCCGGCCAAUGCUCAGCCGCAGCGCCAGCGUCAAAUGUGCCAGUAGCAACGGAGCUGCCCGAUUCUGGGACAAGUCAUGUGACCAAAAGAACUCUAUGGCCGCACCUAAGCCCAGGAAGAGCAAAACGGGAAGCUUCCGCAAGAGACUGCUCAAGUUUAUCCCUGGCUUGAACCGUUCCCUGGAGGAAGAAGAGAGCCAAUUGUAAAAGGAUAUAAUGUUGCCAGGGAAAUGGGGGACGGGAGCCAUCUCCCCUUUUAUAAAGUUGGCUAUUUAUUUAUUUAUUUGGUAAGUGAGAGGAUUUGGGCAUCCCUUGGGGUAGUUCUCAAAGGACUCGCGCAAGCUUCCAAGAAGGCCUGGAUGCUGGCAGUCUAGCUAUGCUUGGACCUCAAGGGUUACUAGGACAGCUUGACUUGGGAUAGCUCAUGAGUACUGGGGUGGGGGCGGGAUGGAGAAGAGAAGCUGAGUCUUCAAGGAAGAAGUCUGGGGAGAGAGCGGGUUAGCUCAAAAGGAAAUGUAGCAAAUGGCAAGGCCAAAGAAGCACAAGUGAUCUGGUAUUCUUAGAUCAUGGAAGGUUUUUUUAAAGUUAAGAUUAUUUCAGGAAACAGAGUAAACCAAGUCUGUUAAUGCUCCUCAGUUCUUCCUUGCUGUUGCGGGGGGUUGGUGACUCCUGGAAGAGAGUGGAACUGGGAAAUAGGAGUGCUGCUUCUGGCUCCUAAUCAGCUAGGGAUAAAAGCAAAAACAAUAUAUCUUCUCGACAGAUUGGGUGGCAGGGGUUUAUAGAUUAUGGGCUUUGAUUUAGGACUUGAAGAGGGGUAUUAGCAGAACUGGCAUGUUGACCUAGGGCAUGAAGUAGCAUAUGAGGUUUAGAGCUCGAGAUUUAUAUACAUAAAGGUAGAGUGGGAGCGCCCAGACCUGGGAUUAAAAAUGGCUUUUAGAGGGAGGGGCUUAACAGAGCUACUGCAGUGUGUGAUGGUCUGUACAAAAUAAUUGCUUGGGAUAAGGUGCAGAGGAGACUUCAGGAGGUCUCCCCACCCUGUCACUUCUUAGUGAAACCUGUCAAAGGACAAGACCUACAAAAAGAUUGCAGAUCACUGGGCCAACCCCUUUUCCUUCCAGCCUGCAGGCCUUUGGCUUGGCUGUUUGUGAGCCUUGCUUGGGAGAUCCAGUGGACGGAUCCAUCCUUGGGAGACCCAGCCGUCCACAGCAGCAAGCAUUUUAUCACAUAUUGUGAUGGCCUUCUAAUAUCGAAAUCUGGCUGUAACGUAUGGGAAUCCCUCUCACCGCCCCACCCCAGUCUCUGUGUAAUUGUGGUUUUUUUGAGCUGCCGAUCUGUCUCUGUAAUCUCCUCAGAGGAGAACUCUUCACCAGCCACAUCCUGCUUGUCUCGUUACCUCCAGAGGCUGGACUCCAGCUCCCUGCAAACCUCCCUCCAAGCACUUUUUUUUAAAAAAGAUCCUAUUUUAUACUUUUUGUCUCACUGUUUUAUGCAGCAGCUUUUAAAGGAGGGUGGCAUGAAGGGAAGGUUCUCCCUGUGAGCACAUGCAUUGCUUCUUUAUAAAGGCUUUCUGGCUGUAAGGAGAUAGAGCAAAAUGUUCACUGAGGAAUAUACACCUACCCAACAAGACUCCACCUGUGUUUAUCUUGGUUUUAACUGUGACUCUUCAAAAUGUUUAUGAAGAUGUUGAUCUCUGUCAGAGCUCUACUCAAGGGUGAGGAACCUUUGGCCUACAGAUGUUACUGAACUACAACUCCCAUCAUUCCUGACCAUUGGCCACACUUGUUGGGACUGAUAGAAGUUGUAGUUCAGCAACAUCUGGAGGGCUAAAGGUUUCCCACAACUGCUCUACUCUCUUGCUCUUCUGAACUACAAUUCCCAGGGUCUCUUAGGAACAAAAACUAUGGAAGCCAAAAUGAGUGAAGUGUAUAGUGUGGACAUGCUCUGUUGUCAAUGGAUCCCAGACAGAAUGUCCUGGAUUCUGUAUGUGGCCUCGUAAUGGUAUCAAGUGCUGUUCCCAGGCAGGAGAAGAACCACACUGAGUUGAAAUAAUUAAGGCAAGCCAUGGAGAUCAGGCACCACAGUGUCAUUUUAAGAAAAGAAGCUUCUAGAACAGGGAUGGAGAUUGGCCCUCCAGCUCUUACUGAAUCACAAUUCCCAUCAGCCCCAGCCAGCAUGGCUAAUGGCCAGGGAUGAUGGAUGUUGUAUUUCAGUAACUUCUGCGGGGGGGAGGCUAAAGGUUCCCUACUCUUGUACUAGAACUAGCACAGAGGAAGGACAAUAGGGACUUGGUGGGAUGGAUUAAGCUAAGUGAAGUCUUAAUGGAGUGAAGCUGUUCCUGUAGUAGAAGCUUUACUUCUAAUUGUUCUGUUCCAGUCUCUAUUUGGGGGAAGGUUCUGGGUAAGAGCAACCAAAAAGGGAGCUUUCUUUUUGCAGUUGUAGCUUAACCUUAUCUGAGGAAGUAGCUGCAGGAAGGGGAGGGAGGUGAUGCAGGAUAGAGGAAAAGUGGGCGAAGAGUGCACAUUGACUGCUGUGUCUCAAAAGGAGAUGCCCCACCCUUAAGUGAAAGCAAGGCCCGGAGAUGGAGGAGUGGGGGAGGUUUGUUUAACAAGAGUACAGCUUAUAUACAUGCAGAAAAAUGUGACCCAAUAAAGAGAAGGGAGGCUCUUUUGUACAGACAUGUGCACCAAUGUUUCAGAAGUUAAUUUUUUGCAUAAAAAUUUAGUAAAGACUUUUUGCAAUCA